AUGGCCACAACCACUUACCCUUCGCCUUAUCCGGCGUAUACGGAGACAUAUCUAACCCCGGAAGGGUACAUUCAAGGGAAUGGCAGCAUGAACAACAUGGCAUACUACGCUGGAGGCCCAGACCCGAUGCAGCCCUGCGCACCUUCCGUUGCACAGCAGAUCCAUCAUAGCGAUGAUAUUGAAGUUCACCGAUUCGACCCCAUGCCAGCUUACAAUUACGUUCCCACAACAUCUCCCCCCUUGUACGAGCCCGCCGCUGGAAGCCUGGGCAUCAGUCACCAAGAUCCAAAGAUGCAGACGUUUUGCCAUGCAUUCGGCAAUAACUUCUCCUUUUAUAACACAGCAGCGAACAGUGGGAUGCCUCAAGGCUAUCACAUCGCCAUGCAGGGAUUCCCUGAGGCAGCAGCAGCCCGCGUAGCCAUAAAAAAAGAAAUACCAACACCACCAUCCAUGGUGCAACAGGUACAACAAGACGUCCAGCAAGCCAAGAAGAACAAAAGAAGAUCAAUCGCCUGCUGCUGA